GUUGAGUGGCAACAAUCAGCUUGAGAGACUAUUAUUGUGUAUCAAAAAUGGGGCCUCGAGUAAUAGCCAAGACUCAAUAUUUCGAUUUUAAUCGAGAUAAGCUGUAUGGUGAUGAACGAAUGAAAUUUAUAUUGGUUAAAGACACCACUGAUUUUCCAGGAUUUAAUCUUUUCAAAACAAUUUUGAAUUUAUAUUGCAAAUCUGAUCUAAGUAUAUCUUUACUAUGCCUUGAUGGUCCUGCUAAGGAUAUUAUUUCUGGUCUUAAUUUCAACCAAGAUAAGUUUGUUGUCAAUGAUGAGUUUUUAACUUUAUGGAACAAUAAACAACCAAUAAGCGUGACAUAUUUUGAUAAGCUUUUAAAGCAUGAGGGUUUAUUAUGUAUUUAUUCACUAACUUCAUUAAUUAUACAAGAAAGUUCGGAUGGAAUUUAUAGAUUCUUAUAUAAAUUGCUGAAUGAGAAUUCUAAAUUGCAAGUUUUGGCGCUGGUGCAUGAAGAUGUUCAUUCUAAUAAAGAAAUAGCAAUUUUUGAUAAUCUGGCCACAUCAGUUAUCGAUGCAAGUUUUUCGGAUGAUUACAAUAAGUUUUUGAUUACUACAUCCACUACUAAUAAAGCUUAUGGUCAAAUCAUUUAUGAUUAUGAAGUGUCGCCAACAAAUUUUACAUUUAUAUCCGUGAAUGAAGUCCUGAAACACAGUGCGAAACCUAUGGCCAAGAAACCAGAUCCAACUGCUAAUCUCACAUUUAAUCUGAACUUAAAUGAGAAGGAGAAAAAAGCAAGGGGACAACUUCAAAUGCCAUAUACGAAAACUGAAGUAAUGGAAAGUAUUACAACUCAAGAUUUGGAAGAUUUUUAUGAAGAAGAAGAUCCAGAUGAUGAUUUAGGAUAUUUAGAAGCUGUGUGAAAAUGCAUCGAAAAUAAAACUUAAGGAUGUCUCGAAAUAUUUAUUUUUGAAAUAUAAAAUUGAUAAUAAUUUUAAGAAUUAAUGUUGACAGCUGUAAUAUUUUUAAUCUAUGCUUCCAUUAUGUAGGUACAUAUACUCUCAUUUAAACUUGGGGAGACUCAUAAAUUUCAAAUGAAAUUGAGUGUCAAACAAUUUUUUUUGUUAGUUACUGUAAUGACUGCUUGACCAAUUUAAAAUAUUGCUUUAAGACUAACAAACAUAUUUUGUUAUGGGGGAAAUUUCCGUAUCGUGAUCUGUGGCAGAAUAAUCGCGAAUUCUUAGCAACUUCCGGGCAGCACCCCCUCGAGAACUGAAGGAAACAUCACAAAAAGAGUAUAACUCGUAGCUACCCUUGGGCAAGCAUCUACAUAUGUUUUUUAAAAAAAUUUUGCAAGUCUAAAAUCUAUUUGGUGCCUUGGCGAUUGCAGUUAGCGUGACAGAUCACAAUGUGGAAAUAUCCCCUUCUACUGCUAAAAUUAGGAAUUAUACCAAAUUUUUAAGGCUUUUAUCAAAGCAAUUCUUUAAAUGUGUGUAGCUUUUAUAGAUUAGAAAAAAAUUCUUCCUCUAUAUAUGUCUUUUUUUAUGCUUUACAGAAGAAUUAUUUUAAAUUUUCAAAUAUAAAGUUGAAU